AGAGAAAGGGAAAGAGAUGGAGGGGCAGAACCCAGAAGGACCAGGAACUCACAAGACAGCAAGGAGAGGCCCCCACCCCACCCAAGCUGGGAGUGGUGUUGAAGUCUGCAAAAGCCCAGUGCCAAAUAUCCAUUAUCAGCUCAUGGCAAUCUCAGACACACAUUGCCGACGCUUCCGGCAGUUCUGCUAUCAUGACGCCAGUGGGCCCCGAGAGGUUUGCAGCCAGCUCCAUGGACUUUGUAGCCACUGGCUGAAGCUGGAGAGGUGCACCAAGAAGCAGAUUCUGGACCGGGUGAUCCUGGAGCAGUUCCUGGCUCUCCUACCCCAGGAAAUGCAGAGCUGGGUCAGAGGCUGUGGGCCAGAGACCAGCUCCCAGGCGGUGGCCCUGGCCGAAGGUUUCCUCAUGAGUCAGGCAGAGGAGAAGAGGCAGGCAGAGCAGAUGCUGGGAUCAUCCUUGAAGACUGGAGCUGCAUUCCCUGAGGCAGAAGGAGCUUCCUUGGAGCAAGAGCAGAGGACACAGGCCCUAGGGCGUGCCCAAGAUGCCCUCUCCUGUGGUAAGGACUCAGCAUGCCUGGUUGUGAUUGGGGUACACUGUGAGUUUGAUGGGUAG